GCGGGUAUUAUGGGCUGUCGCGGAUUGUACAGACAGAGGUUGUGGCAGUGGGACAGAAGUAAACAUGGAGCUCUCUGCCGUUGGUGAGAGGGUGUUCGCGGCCGAAUCCAUCAUCAAACGACGCAUAAGAAGAGGUCGGAUGGAGUAUCUGGUGAAGUGGAAAGGCUGGUCUCAAAGAUACAGCACCUGGGAACCGGAGGAAAAUAUUCUUGAUGAACGUCUCUUCGCUGCUUUUGAGGAGAGAGAGCGUGAGAGAGAACUCUACGGGCCGAAAAAGAGAGGACCGAAACCGGGGACUUAUCUCUCAAAGGCAAAAGCUAAAGCCAGUACCAAAAAUUAUGAAUUUAGAAGAGAGAUGUCGCGAGAGAUCCGGGUUUCGUUUCCCAUGACGGAGCCAGUGGUCACUCCUCGAGCUCGCGAAGGUCUCCGGACAGUAGUUCCCACCAUUUUCCCCCCUAGCACCGUCAACAGGGGCGAAAGUGUCCGACUUCACCCCCCAGAGCCUGAGAGGAAAGCUCGACCUGGGCAGGACCACGUGGACUUUCUUAGCGCCCCCAAAAAGAGGGGCCCAAAACCAAAGUUGCGUUUUCCUGUUCACGUUGCAUCCUCUAAAUCAUUUAACAGUAGGGCAGAUGAGCACUUCUCGCUCAACAGCCGCUCUACGGUGGGCGAGCGGUCUCAUUACGGCCUAAUGCAAUUAACGCAGCAGCACUUAUCUGGUCUUUACGGAUCCGAGGAGCCAAUCGAUGAUGACCGGCUGUCCCCGGAGCCGCUGGGUGUAAAGGAGGAUGGUGGGGAGUCCUGGAGCCCGUGUCUGAGAAACAUGGAAAAGGUUAUAGUGACUGACAUAACCAGCAACUCUGUGACUGUGACGAUUAAAGAAAGCUCCACAGAUAAAGGCUUCUUCAGGGAAAAAAGAUGAUGGAUGUUAAAGUCAGUGACCUGAUGUAGAACAGCUCUGAACAGGUGUUAUCCUUUCUUUAGUCUCUAACUGUACAGUGUGUCUCAAAAUCAUGUGUAUAUAUGUAACAAAAAAAUAGUCUGGAUAUACAUUUUCAUCUGUAUUUUCUAUGAAAAUGAAAUUUAUUUUUGUACCUCCCCAAGUUUGUGUAAUGUGCAGCAAUUAAUUGUUUAAUUGUUUAUCUCUCUAAACGCCUGUGAGCUAUAAUGACUACAGGCACAAACUGCUGAUAACACUUUUUCAGUUUCCAGCACCUUCUAUUCAGAGUGAACGUCUAGUUCCUCUACCGACAUCUAAUUUACUAUUGUCCUUUGUUGUACUGUGUGUACAUUUGAAGGCCUAACAUUGUCUGUAUUAAAGCACAGAGUAAAAAUAAGAAUAUAAAUGCAAA